UCGUGAUCGCCGUCUGCCGUUUGUAUUUGUUACGGACGUGGAAAAGUGACUAAGCAAACCACCGUUUCUCCAGAUCGAAGUAAAACCACAAACACUUUCAUAAUCAGUGAGUUUUUUGAACACCAAAGAAAAAGCGAAGCGUGGAAAUAUUUGGAGCGCAAUUUUUUCAAACCUCGUAACCGAGUACCCUAGUUUCCAGCUCGUAUACGUGAACUCUUUUGUAUUCGAGGCGUUAUUUAUGAGCUUCCUUACUGUUCUUUUUCAGGCACUCCUCAGGUCGCCCACCGCUUGCGUACAACAGGCUCGAUGACGAAUACCACGUGAACCGCGCCAGUCAUAUGGGACCUUACCGGGUGGUAGACGGGCUGCCACUGAAUCCAAUGGGCCGGACGGGCGUGCAAGGCAGAGGACUUCUGGGACGGUUUGGUCCCAAUCACGCUGCUGACCCAAUCGUAACACGGUGGAAAAGGACCAGUGCUGGUGUCAUGCUGGAUGGCGGAAAGAAAGUUCUUGAAUUUGUUGCGAUACAAAGAAGAGACAACAGUCAGUGGGCAAUACCAGGAGGUAUGGUUGAACCUGGACAAGUUGUGACCCAGGCUCUGAAGGCUGAGUUUGGAGAGGAGGCCAUGGCGAAGCUAAACUUUACAGAGGAAGAGAGAGAACGAAUCAGUAGACAGAUCGACAAACUCUUCAAUAACGGAGUCGAGGUGUACAAAGGCUAUGUCGAUGAUCCAAGAAACACGGAUAACUCUUGGAUGGAGACGGUGGCCGUCAACUUUCAUGACGACACUGGAGAAGUAUUUAAUGAAUUCAAAUUACAGGCUGGAGAUGAUGCAGCUGCGGUGCGUUGGCAGAGAGUCAGCGGCAACAUCCCCCUCUUUGCAAGUCACGUGUCUAUUCUCGAAAAAGUUGCCAAGAUGCGAAAUGCAGCAUUUUGAAACAUAAAACAGAAACUUAAAACUUGAACUGAAGUAAUAUUUUUUACAAGGGAAAGGACUCUCAAAUAUAGAUUACUUAACUUUACUACUUAGCAAAUAAUUCGGCCCGUUUUUGUCGUCGAAAAGCUACAAUAUUGAAGAAUUAUCGUACCAUUUUUAAACACAAUGAAUCAAGAACUAAUAAAGGUUUAUACGUAAUUCAUCUAGGAGCUGUUGUGUGUAUAGUAUUUAAGAGUAUUUAUAAUAAUUUAAUUGUGUUGAGGCCCUUUCUCGAAAUGUGUGAAUGUUUAUUUAGUGUACAGCAUUUUAGCCGGACUAGAAGCAGGUCUAGCCCUAAGUUUUACUGGUAAAACAAUUUGGUACUGAUUUUGUUCCUCAGUCAAUGAAGUACAGAGUUAGUUUUUGAUGAAUUGUGAAUAACUAAUACAAUGAAUUUUUGUUCCAUACGUAUUUUCGCUCAAGACUACCGUCUCUGAGGUGUAAAUUUUACUUUUGUAUAAUAUUCCCAGGAAUGUAGACAGAUAACCUUUAUUGUGUUUUU